AUGUUGAAGUUAUUGGAAGAGGGGGCGGAUGUGAAAUGCACCGAUGUUAUUGGCUAUGCUUGUCUUCACCACGCAGUGCUAUGCGGACAUUACAAAUUAAUUAAACACCUAGUAAUGUAUGGCGCUGAUAUAGAGCAAGAAGGCAAUUUUUACGGUUACAAACCAAUUCAUUUGUGUGUUUAUGCGGCCAACAAAGACAAAUGCUUGGAAGAGUUACUGAAAUAUGGUGCUCAACUAGAUGCCGUUGACUGUUUGCAAAAUACCUUACUACAUUUAGUGGUGAAGUUUAGACCCCAAGAUAUGAAUUUUAUCGAAAAACUGCUCGAUUACGGUUUAGGUCCAAAUGCCACAAAUAUAAUAGGAAACAACUGCCUCCACAUCAUUGCUGCAUCUCGCACAUGCUCUAUCGAAAAGGUCCUGUUUCUGGCGAGGAAAUUCAUACACAGAGGUGUUGAUAUCGACCGUAAGAAUACAUCAAUUGGUGAGACACCCUUACAAAUAGCAUCCCGUACAGGAAAGACGGUUUUGGUCGAUCUUCUUCUUCGUGAGGGGGCGGCAAUAGACGUGAGGAGCAACAUUGGAUUGACUGCUUUCGAGCAAUUGUUCGUGGAAAAUCAUCCAAUGACGGCCAUCAUCACCACCUUCAUUAAACACAUCGCUCUGAGAAAACACCGUGGGGAAAAUGUUGAAGACAGUAUUUUUAGGAAAAUUGCCUCCGAUGUGAAACUACAAAUCAUAUAUCGCUAUUACGACGAAGAUUUGGAGUAUCUGAAAUCCAUAAAUAUAGUUGAAACACACUGGAUGGACAUUGGAAAAGCUAAAGAAUAA